AACUAGAAUUAGCUAAACCACAACACAAGCCAGACAGACAGCUACAGUCAGCAGAAGCGUUCGUUAAUCGCAAGCGAUGGCUAACGAUAAGGAUAAAGAUAUCGAUAACGAUAUACUGCGGGCACUUAGCGAUCAAGAAGUCGAUGAACUGCUGCAGCUGUACGGCAAUAAGUUUGGUCCGCUAAACUUCCAUUACCUGUUGCUUCACAAUCAACGCAAAUGGGAUCGUCAAUUAGAUGCCGCUGGCAUUGACCGUGCUGAUGUUGCCUACAAAUCGCUGCGCAAACGAUUCUAUACACAUCGUCAGGGUGAUUUCCGUCGCUACGGGACCUAUGUCAGUCUUCACGAGGACAUUGUCCAGAGCGUCUCGUUCUACAGUUGGCAACCGACUGCGCCCACCGAACUCUUCGAGUGCCUGGAGCGCACACAACGCAUUGCCUGGUCAGCGGGUGCUCUGUUGACCAACGUGGAUCUGGACUACGCCCCGCGCAUCAAGGAGUUGGCACUGUCCAAGGGCGCUGCCGGCUUGCAGCCGCGACAAUGCUUUGGCAUGGUUUUGCCCCAUGCCGAGGCACGCGUAUUAGAAGUACCCGAGUUGCUAUCGGAGUUUGAGUUGCGUCCGUUGCGCGACGAGGAUGCGAUCGCUGUGCAUACCAUUUGGCCAAAUAAGGGCGAAGGAUCACUGGCAUAUUUGCGUGCGCUCAUUCGCUUCAAUCGCACGUUGGGCGCCUGUCGAAGCGACACCGGCGAACUGAUUGCCUGGAUCUUUCAAAACGAUUUCGCUGGCUUGGGCAUGCUGCAGGUGCUGCCCAAAGCGGAGCGUCGCGGCCUGGGUGGCUUGUUAGCCUCCGCCAUGAGCAAGCUGAUAGCCAAGGGAGAGACGACGACGCUCACCGCCUGGAUUGUAUCCACCAAUUGGCGGUCGGAGCAGCUGCUGGGACGCAUUGGCUAUCGGAAACACAUUGUCAACGAGUGGAUCAAACUGUUGCCCGCCUCGGAGUCAAUUAAUUAGAAGAAAAUAGUCAAGAGAUUCGUUUUUUGCCUAUACAUAAUAUGCCUAUGUACACACGGUCAA